GCUCCGUGCGGCGCCCAGUUAACACAACGCCCCCGGUACUGUCUUCAGGGCUGUCCAAUUGGAAAAAGUGAAGGACUAACAUGGGUCGGGACGAGGGGGCCGAGCCUGAGGCUUCCCUGCCGGCUCCCGAGCCCGCGGCCGACGUCAUUGUCAAGCCUCAGCCCUCGCUUCAAGAUGUGAUUAUACCGGCAGCAGUGGUGGCCUCUGCCUUCCUGGUGGUGGUAGCCCUCACCCUCUACAAGAUCUGCAGGAGAGGAAAGGACCCGGAGGCUGACUCUCUCAACCCCAGUAUCGUUGUCUACCCUUCCUAUCAAGGGUCUACUCCUCAGUUUCUGAACAAGGACAUAGAGUUCAGUUUGCCUCAGUUACGUCACUCAGAGUCCUUCGAUGAGCUGAUGAGAGAGCCGGGGAACAGCGAGGACUCGGAGGGUGAGCCGCCGCCGCUGCUCAUUGCCAAGAUCCCCACACAGCGGUCCAACUCCUUCAGUUUCAACACGUCAGUGCCCGGGUGCUACGGCCUCGGAGUGAUCGACCCCUCUCUGUAUCAAGGCACGCUGAACUUCGAGGAGGACCUGGACUACCCCGAGGGACACCUGGGUCGUGUCUGGUUCUCCCUCAGGUACGAGGCCGCUGCCGAGAAGCUGCUCGUGUCCUUGCUGAAGGUCAAGAACCUACCGAGCCGCACCGUGGGAACCGGGAACAACUGUGACCCAAUCGUCAGGUUGUGGGUGACACCAAACGGAAGGAGGUAUCAGCAGUCCAGGCAGAAGAAGAAAACUUGCAAUCCUUACUACGAUGAAACUUUCAUAUUCCAGGUGGCGCCCAGGGAAUUGCCAGACCAUUCGCUGCGGAUGAGCAUUAUCGACACAGGCCGCACCAGACGUCGCGGUGUCGUGGGACACGUCUCCUUCCCCCUGAGGGACUUGGCCAUCGAGGCUACUGCAGCAGAGCUCACCCUGCACAAGAUAGACUUGGUUAAGGAGACCGUAGAUUCAAUUUCGGACCUGGGCGAGCUCUCUGUCUCAUUGCUGUACAACGAGAACAAUCAUCGGCUGACCGUCUCUGUCCUGGAGGCGAAAAAUCUGAAGUUCUCAGACGAACGUCAGGACAGCUACGUGAGGGUGACACUAAACCAGAACUACCGCACUGUGAAAGUGAAGAGAACCACGACCGCCAGAGGUACCGACUGUCCCAACUUCUCCCAAGGUUUCAACUUCAGUGUGCCAUCGGCCAACAUGGACGUCACCAGCGUCAUCUUGCAGAUCUAUCAGCCGGGAGCGAGCUACGGCAAGGACAAGGAUAUGGGCAAGGUAGUCCUGGGCUCCUACAUGUUCGCCCGAGGGAAGACCCUCACUCACUGGAACACGGCGUUCGCCAGCCCCAUGGAGCAGGUCCAGCAAUGGCACCCUCUCUGCGCUUAAUGUGGAGAAGACACGCUCGUAACUUUAUAUAGCAAUACCAGUAACAAGGUUUUGAUGAUAUUUUGUAAAGUUGAAUAUUUUUACACAACAUCCACAUCAGUCAUCGUACAUCGAAGUGAGGCAGGGCGUAAAUUGUUUUACAGCCGGUCUGUUUGAUGUGGCUGUUAAUUACGAGUAUGUCGAGAGUUACAGAGUCGGCUGGAGAGUGUAAUUAGACUCGUGUUUCGUAUGACGCAAGGUGCAAGUCUGUGGAUGUGGUAAUUAUUAAUGCACUAUUACAAUCCGUUCAUGUCAUUGAAAAUACGUAAACCCAGUUAUCAAUGGAUGCUAAUUACAUCCGACUAAAGAUUUAUCCCGCUUUUUGGAUUAAUACUAACGAGAGUUGGACAAAGAGUUAUCUCAAAAUCGAAUUAGCCCUUGCGGAAAGGCGAUUAGUUGUGGAAAGAACUUGUUCGAGUAGUGACAUAGUUCACUCUCCCCGGCUAUAGGCGCGCCUCCACGCAUUUUCAAACCUAUAGGCUAUUAAUAAAUCAGAAAUUAAUAUACUAGUAGAUAUGUAAUUGAAGUACUUACAUUGCUAGGCUCAGAGGAUCCUAUAAGCGAGCCAAAAUUAUAUUCGGACCCGCGUCCCAGAGAUGAUUGGUAGGAAGUGAGACAGUACGUACAAUAAUCACAUGGUUUGUAUCACAGUUCUCGGUUUAAAAAUAUCUUUAGUUCCUUUGCAAUAAGUGUAAAAUAUAAAUCAUAAUAACUGAUGAAAUUCAUUAUGUUGUUAUUUAUUUUAAGAUAACUUUUUUAUUUCAAACGAUCAACCAUUUAGCGUACUAUAAAUUUAUUAGUAACACUGUAUAUUGCAUAUAUUAUUAUUAACAUGCACAGGUUCAAAAUUUGGAAAAUUUGUGAUUAUGACGUAAAUAAAGAUUGCUGUUGUUAAAGUUCAUGAGAUAUAGAAAAAUACGUACGUAUUCUUGUUUGCAUUUUUAUUCUAGAAAAUAUUAGCAACUGAGGUUAAAACUUUAAAUAUAUUUCGUUUUUAUAUAUUUGUCAUAGAUCUGUUGCACAUUUGGAAGGUUUCGUUACAUAUUAAAUAAUUGAAUCCUACUCAUUAUUAACUAUGUCAUUUAUAUAUAGAUAGAUAAUUUUUGUAAAGUUUUUACUUUAAUUUAAUAUUGCUUUCGUGUCAGCUGUUCUGGUAUAAUUUUAACAAAAAUGUUUCGUAAAUUAACACAAUCAUAACGAUUGCCACCAUGAUGAUCCGCAGUGAAGGGUUUACAAUACACAUUGCACCGGUAGACGAUGAAAGUAAGGUGAAAAUUACUGUAUUCAAAAGUCUCUUUCCCAAAGAAAUUACCGAGGUAUUUCCUUAAAUUGGACGACCUCGCUUAAAACGUCUCUACAUUUCACUGAAGUUCAACUCGUAGGGUAAGAAAUCGAUUAUUUAUCUGAAAAAUAAAAAUAAUAAACACAUUUAUUUCACCAAUAUAUAUUUUUGAGUCGAAUAUCAAUAAAAAGUAUUGAAAUGAUGACUCAUUCAACUGACAGGGAAUUUAUUAAAACUGAAUAAAAUUAUAAUUGAUCAAGGAGGUUGCCUACAACUAGAUGUGCAUGUAAUGUAUUUUGUAAAUCAAAAACAAAAGAGUGAUAACAUAUGUUCGGCUGUAUCUUUUUAGAAUGUUAGAUUAAAUAAAAAUUAUUAUAUGAAAUCAUGCAUCAUGAAAUUGACAAAAUAUGGUAAAUGCUAUUUUUCUUGUGUAAAUAAUGUGUUAUUUGUAAUACCUAUUUGACUAAUAAUAAAGUGAACAACUGUUAGUUUAUUGACCAAGGUUAUAUAAUUUAAUCGAUAGUUGCUUUGUGUGUAUAUUUGAUAAUCAAUUUCAGAUAACGCAUAUAUAACACCUACAAGUUACACGUCCCUUCCAGCAAUAUUUACAAUAGACCCUUUGUGUGAACGAAUGUUAUUAUAUUAGAUUUCAAAAGUUUCUUGUUGGCAUGUAUUUGUUUUUUGGGAUAGUUAUGUACAGAAAUCCUAAUUUCCAAUUUAUAUUUAAAUAGACCAAUCGUAGGUAUAUGUGUUUUAUACAUUUUUAUUAUAACUAAAGGCGUUAAUUAAAGUACAAAAUUUUAAUCGGAAAAACUUGCUAAAAGUGUAAUAACAUUUUCUAAAUUUUUUAAUCAUAGUUCUGUCCUACUAUUAUUCAAAUAUAUUCUACAUAAAUAAGUUGCUACCGGAAUCAUAAAAACUAUUUAUAUAUUUUGUUUUAAAUGUACAUAGUUACAAAAUUAUUUAGACUAAAAUCGUUUGGUUACAACACAAUUGGAUGUAUUAAACAUAAAAUUCGGUUUGUUAAAUUAUACAGUUAAGUUGCCGACUGUUGUUCAUAUAAAAAUCCUGAUGAUUUGUGUAUUGUUUCAUUUUUUUUAAUAAAUAAUUUUCAAAACAGUUUUUAGAAAAUUAGUGAGAGCGUAAAAACUAAAAUGAUCCAGUUAUUUAGCUACGAUGGACUAAUUUAACGAUCAUCCAUUAGAAGCCGGGUGAGACAAUGAGAAUGUUAAUCUGUACAUUUUAGAAAGAAAUUUAUUUUGUCCAUUUUUGACUGCUUUAUUACGUUUAUUAAUGUGGAAAAACGAGUGUAGCACUGAGAAAUGUAACUAUAAAAAUCGUAUAAAGCAGAAAAAGCGAUUAUGUGAACGAAUUUUGCGUUUGCUUCUUCAGUUAAGACAAACGCCAACCAUAUUGUAACUCCUGGCUUCUCAAAUUAUACGGAUAAAAUAAGAUUCGGAUAUUGUACAAUGAUUAUUUAUAAUUACCGCCCUUUGGGAUAUAACAAAAUAAGGUUAACGAGAAAAUAUUUUCUUCAGCUAUCAAAUUAGGUUGUUUAUUUUUGUAACAAGUGAGUAUUUUUAUAUCUAUAAAUGUAAAGUUAUUAGUUUAUAAAAUAUACUAUGAUAGUAGAUAAUUUGAAUCUUGUGUUACGAAUCAAAAUGUUAAUGUUAAAUUUAAUUACUGUUAUUAAUAUAUUAGAUAUUUGUAUAGUUCACUUGAUAACAAAAUAGAAUUUAUUUAUUUACAUAGGGAACAACAAAUGUAUCAUAGGACAAUAUGAUUGUUGUGUACAGAAUAUGUAAUGUACAUGAAUACAAGCAAAUAAAGUUUUAUAAAAGUA